AUGCUCGAAUCUGUCUUCCAGCCCAUCGCUGAUGCGGCUGGCGCUCCAGUCGACUACAUCAAGCUCUUCACCUGCCUUCUCGCCGCUUUCCCACUCGCUGCCGUCUUUCCCUACCUGCCUUCGGCCACAGCCAAGCACAUCUACAGUCUCACUGUCUCGUUGCUCUUUUUCGUGCCUGUGCUCAACCUCUACUCGGGGUUUUUGCAACUCGUCGGCUCGGCGCUGCUUACCUAUGCCGUUUGCACCUUCAAGAUCGGCGGUAAGAACAUGGGCUGGCUCGUGUUCGCCUUGCAGAUGGGCCAUCUCACCUACAAUCACGCCGUACGCAAGUUUGGCGCCAUCCCGCUUUCCACCAUCGAGAUCACUGCCAUGCAGAUGGUGGCCGUCAUGAACCUCACCACAUUUGCAUGGGACUGCUACGAUGGCCAGAUCCGCACCGAGGCGCAGUGCGACGACUCGCAAAAAAAGAGCCGCAUUACAAAGAUGCCUUCGCUGCUCGAAUUUCUGGGUUAUACGUUCUACUUUCCCGGCGUGCUCAUCGGUCCCUCGACUCGAUUUGUGGACUACCGAGCUUGGAGCACCGGCGAGCUGUAUGCGUCAGCCAAGGGCAAGGAAAAGGCGCUUGGUCCGAAUACAGGCUCUGCUACUCUUCCCAAAGGCCGCCUCGCUGCGUCUUUGCGCGAGCUGAUUGCUGGUCUCGGCUUCAUGGCCGUUUACUCGGUCUUUGCUCCUGCCUACUCAUACGAGAAGCUCAUUGGGCUUCAUGGCGGUCUUGACCACCUCGCUUGGUACCAGAAACUCGGUUGGAUCCAAGUCGCCGGCUUCAUGGCACGAACAAAGUACUACGGCAUCUGGUCGCUCACCGAUGGCGCCUGCAUCCUCUCUGGCCUCGGCUACAACGGCGUCGAUGUGAGGACGGGCCGGACGAGAUGGAACCGGUGCCGAAAUAUUGACAUCCCCAAAAUUGAAUUUGCCAACAACUGGAAGGAGCUCUUGGAUCACUGGAAUAUGAACACCAAUGUCUGGCUGCGUAACAAUGUGUACAAACGCAUCGCACGUCCAGGCAAGAAGCCGGGCUUCAAGUCGACCAUGACCACGUUUUUCACCUCGGCCUUCUGGCACGGGCUUGAACCAGGAUACUACAUGUCGUUCGUCCUGGCGGGCUUCAUGCAAUCUGCGGCCAAGAUGCUGCGUCGUCACGUUCGACCCAUGUUUUUCGGCGAGCCCAACGUGCCGAAUCCGACGUUUUCCAACAUGCUCACGUAUUCAGCCUCGCAGCUUGCGUACUGCACGGCCUCGGUGGUGGUCUCGCAAGUGACGCUCAACUACGCAGUAGCGCCGUUCAUGCUUUUGGAGUUCAAGGCGUCACUUGGCGGCUGGAAGGCGGUGUACUUUUACGGACACAUCCUGACGCUGGUUACUAUCGUUGCGUUCCAAAACGGACUGGGCAAAGCGCUAGAUCGUAAGAGGGGCAAGGUGCGGCUCGAUAGCAAAAAGACGGAUGGCGAACCGCCGUUUGCGUCCGGUUUCACUACCGACGCCGAUAGCGAUGCCGACGGUUUCACCAACAGGAGCAUACUCAAACGCGGAAAUUCGAGCACCAACCAGCAGCGCCUCAACGAUCAGGCGCAGCAUGUCUCUGCUUUGGCUCCGGAACCUCUAUCGUGA